CAAUACAACAAACUUUCCAACUUUCCCUUCCCCAACACACACCCCAGUACUUUUUUUCUCUCCCUCAUCCCUGCCUCAUUGCUGCCUGCUCGUUCUUCGCAGCAUUAUAUACUCUCUUUCUCCGAUCCACGGCCAUCGAAAUAUGCCCUUUGCAUCCUGCCAUUCCUCCCUAUCCUGUCGAUUCUGACCUCCCUUGACCUUUCUACCUCCGCCGCAAAUCCCCUCCGGUCUCCCGCAUAAAAAAUGGCCGCCGUUGUCGCCAACGGCCAUACCACCCCCUCCGCCGAUGUCGCCAAACAGCGCAGGCUGAUCCACCACCAUGCCGAUGUCGUGAUUGUGGGCGCCGGGAUCCUAGGUUGUGCAUUGGCGGUCGCACUUGGAAGACAAGGGCGCAGCGUCCUGCUGCUGGAGGCGUCCAUGAAGGAGCCUGACCGGAUCGUGGGAGAGUUACUACAGCCUGGCGGUGUCGAGGCGCUUGAGAAACUGGGUCUUGCCGAUUGUCUGGAAGACAUUGAUGCCAUCCCAGCGAAAGGCUACCAUGUGACAUACUUUGGGAAACCCGUCUCAUUCACCUACCCCAAAGCCUCCCCGUCGUCGCCCGCCCCGCAAGGGCGUUGUUUCCACCAUGGCCGCUUCGUCAUGAAGCUGCGAGCUGCUGCGCUGGCCUGUCCCAAUGUCACAGUGGUGGAGACCAAGGCCACCGACUUGGUCACUUGCUCCCACACAAAGCAGGUUCUUGGUGUCGAGUGUGUGACCGGCGACAUGAAGGAUUGCUACUUUGGCCAUCUUACGGUGGUGGCCGAUGGCUACGCCUCCAAACUCCGCAAGCAAUACCAUUCCAAGACUCCCAAGGUCCGCUCCAGGUUCUGGGGCUUGGAAUUGAUCGAUGCAGACCUUCCCAAGCCUUACCAUGGCCACGUCCUCCUUAGCGACAAUGCCCCUAUCCUCGUCUACCAAAUUGGCACCCAUGAAACCCGCAUCCUCAUCGACAUCCCAGAGAACCUCCCGUCGGCCUCCGUCAAGAACGGCGGCGUCAAGAACCACCUUCGCAACGUCGUUCUCCCGUCCCUUCCCGAAUGCAUUCAGCCUUCAUUCGUAGCUGCGUUGGACAAGGGUCAGCUGCGGUCAAUGCCGAACUCAUAUCUGCCUAGUACCCCGAACAAGACUCCCGGUCUGGUCAUCCUGGGCGAUGCGCUCAACAUGCGGCAUCCGCUGACCGGUGGAGGAAUGACCGUCGCAUUCAACGACGUUGUGGUCCUUCGUGAUCUGCUGAGUCCGGAGAAGGUCCCUUCCCUCGCUAAUCAUGAGCGCGUCCUGCAGCAGCUGUCCUCCUUCCGUUGGCAACGGAAGAAAACAUGUUCAGUCAUCAACAUUUUGGCGCAGGCUCUCUAUGCCUUGUUUGCUGCUAAAGACGAGAAUAUGCGUGCUCUCCAACGUGGCUGCUUCCGUUACUUUGAGUUAGGAAUGACCAGCGGGCCCAUAGGUCUUCUGGGUGGACUAAUCAAAAAGCCGGACGUUCUAUUCUGGCAUUUCUUCAGUGUCGCCUUUCUCUCUCUGUGGCUCGUCAUCACCGAGCCACCUUUCUACAAGCUGCCUCUGGCUUUGUUGAAAUGCAUUAUGGUCUUUUGGACAGCAUGCGUCGUGAUCUUCCCCUACAUGCUGAUAGAGGCAUUCUGCUAAAUGGGAAAUAUCACCGCUGCCGUCACCACUACUACCCCUACCAUCAUCAUUCUCACUCACAUGCCAUCCCAUAUAUCUUUACCCUACCCGCUUAUUCAUACCUAAUGAACCCGCACCAGAUUGAUUCAUUUCGAUGAGUUGCAAGUGCCGAAGAAGCCAUGACCACCUAUCCCGUACAUAUGUAUUUGUCUCAUCUGAUUAUCACUUUUCUCCUGUCAUAUAUUGCUUGUGUUACCUUUUAAUAUCUCCCUUUCUUGCUUCUGAUCCUACAUGUACUAUUAGAAAUCUAUUUUCUUGUCUUCUUCUUGUUUCAUUACUACCUAUGUUGUUCCUAGAUUCUAUCUACGGUGGAAGUGAUCGCUGGUCUCAUCUCGAAAGAUAGCAAGCGUCUGAACCUGUAAAAUUAGUUGACCUUUUCACUUCUGUACAUCUUUUAACCAUUCAACCGAGUUGUAUUAUGGGUUCAUACUAUCAAUACUAGACAUUCGGUACCAAAGCG